GAACUGGCUCUCGGAAACCUGGGCCGGCUGCCUGAGGCUGAGGGCUGCAGCCGGAAAAUCACCGGGGCGGAGGGGGCUGUGCUGGGAAGCCGGCUCUAGAGAUGCGACUGUGCAUGCAGAGGGUGGCAGGCCCCGAAAGCCACCUUGCAGGCUGCUUGGGAGCGGGGCCAGAGAGCAGCACCCGUGGUGUUAGCGAAGGGGCCGGAGUGGGCUCUGGUCUGUGUGCCCAGCUCUGCCAAGGCCCUGACGUAGCUCCGCAGCGGAGGUGCUGAUCAAAGUCCAGGUGUAUGAGAACAGCGACCUCUCCCCGCUGGCCCAGGCUGCUGUGGAAGUGUAUGGGAACCAGACGUCACUGGCCUCAGGCUCCACGGACCAUGAGGGCGUCGGGAUGCUGCCCGUCAGCUACCGCCUGGGCACCUGGAUCCUGGUCACGGCCGCCAAGCGCGGCUUCGUCACCAACUCUGUGCCCUGGCGGGUCGACAAGCUGCCAUUGUAUGCCUCUGUCAGCCUGUAUCUGCUCCCGGAGCGGCCCGCCACCCUCAUCCUCUAUGAGGACUUGGUGCAGAUCUUGCUGGGAUCACCAGGGGCCAAGAGCCAGCCGUGGGUGCAGUUCCAGCGCAAGGCGGCCCGCCUGCCCCGCAGCUCCACCUACAGCCAGCUCUCCGCCUCCCUGACGGCCGCCAGCGGGGCCCACGACAUGCGGGGCUUCCCCUCCUUCAUCGGGGCUGACAGCAACGGCAGCGCCAACAGCACCUGGCUGGAGCUGCUUCCCAUCGCGGCCGUCAGCGUCCACCUCUUCACGGGCAAUGGCACUGAGGUGCAGCUGUCGGGCCCCGUGCACCUGUCCAUCCCGCUGCCUCCCGACACCAGCGCCACCGCGGCCACCAGCGUGCCAGCCUGGAGGUUCGACAGCAAGAGCGGCCUGUGGCUCCGAAACGGGACAGGGCUGAUCAGGAAGGAGGGGCGCCAGCUGUACUGGACGUUCGUCUCACCCCAGCUGGGGUACUGGGCUGCUGCUCUGCCCUCCCCCACCACAGGGCUGGUGGCGCUGGCGUCGGGGAUGAAGGACAUCACCACGUACCACACCAUCUUCCUGCUCACCAUCCUGGGGGCGCUGGCGCUGCUGGUGCUGAGUCUGCUCUGUCUGCUCAUCUACUACUGCAGGCGGAGGUGCCUGAAACCCCGACAGCAGCACAGGAAGCUGCAGCUGUCUGGGCCGCUGGAUGCCUCGAAGCGAGACCAGGCCACCUCCAUGUCCCAGCUCAACCUGAUCUGCACCAGCCACCUGGAGACAGCCUCAUCGGCUGGCGACACCGACGCGCACACGCCCAUCCUCAAGUCGGCCUUCUCCAGCUCCCGCGAGCUGGGCAGCUCCCGCGAGGAGUUCUUCCGUCACAAGCUGCGGCAUGUCAGCAAGGCCUCCACGGAGACGCUGAGCCAGCGGGGUGCCCCCAAGGAGGAGAGCUUCUCGCUCAAGGCCGCGCGCUCCGUGGACGGCCCGGGCGCGCUGGAGCCCCCCUUGCUGGAGGAAUACAAGCGCAGCUUCUCCCACCAGCGCGUGGAGGACAAGGGCGCCGAGCCGCCGCGGAAGCACUCCAGGAACGAGAGCAAGCCCUACCUCCAGGAGCCGCCCUCCCCGCCGCCCCUGCCACCCCCCUUUGACCACUACGUGGGCCACAAGGGGGAGCCCAAGCCCCCCGACUUCAUGCUGUCGCAGUCCGUGGACCACCUGGCCAGGCCCACCUCGCUUACCCAGCCGGGGCAGCUCAUCUUCUGCGGCUCCAUCGACCACAUGAAGGACAGCGUGUACCGCAACGUCAUGCCCACCUUGGUCAUCCCGGCCCACUACAUGCGCCUGGCGUCGGAGUACCCCUCCGGGGAGCAGGCCCUGGCCGGCCCGGCGGAGAGCCAGCCCGAGAUGGAGGGGCUGCCCGGCCAGGCCGGGAUCACCAUCCCGCACCAGUUCGGGCCCCAGGACCAGCAGCGGCAGCUCCUCCAGCAGCAGCUCCAGCUGCAGCACCAGCAGGGCGAGGACUCGGAGGGCAAGGGCUGGGGGGCGCACUCCUCCUCGGUCAGCGGCUCCGUCACCAUCCCGGUGCUGUUCAACGAGUCCACCAUGGCCCAGCUGAACGGGGAGCUGCAGGCGCUGACGGAGAAGAAGCUGCUGGAACUGGGGGUGAAGCCCCACCCGCGGGCCUGGUUCGUCUCGCUGGACGGGCGCUCCUCCCAGGUGCGCCACUCCUACAUCGACCUGCAGGGCAGCGAGAAGAGCCGGAGCAAUGACGCCAGCCUGGACUCGGGCGUGGACGUCCACGAGGCCAAGCCCCACAAGCGGGCCAAGGAGGAGCGGGAGCGGCCCCCCGCCCCCCCCACCUACUCCAAGCUGGCCUUCCCCGACGACCCCGAGCAGAGCAGCAGCGAGAGCCGCACGGCCAUCUGCUCCCCCGAGGACAACUCCCUGACGCCCCUGCUGGACGAGACGGCCGAGGCCCGGGCCGCCACCAUCCCCCGCCGGGGCCGCAGCCGGGGCACCAGCUCCCGCAGCAGCGCCAGCGAGCUGCGCCGGGACUCCACCACCAGCCCUGAGGACGAGCUGACCGACCCGGCCGAGGGGGACGACAGGAAGAGCCCCUGGCAGAAGCGCGAGGAGCGCCCGCUCAUGGUCUUCAACGUGAAGUAAGACGGGGGGCCUGCGCCCCCUCCUGGAGCCGGCGCCAGCCCCUGGGGGGCAGAGGAGGGGGCGGGGCUGGAUGCCAGCGCCUGAUGGGGAGGCCCCUGUGACCAGGGGGCAACGCCAGACCAGGACCCCAAAGACCCCCCCCUCCACCUGAGGGCUGAGCUCUGUGGGGGAGCAGGGGAAGGGGGGGACCCAUGCUGGGAGGCAGUGGGACUGACCCCCAGGGCAGUCCAGAUGGAAAACCAGUGACCUGCUCCCCCCUGCAGCCGGGCACUGUCCGUCGCACCCCCCUGCCUUUCGAGGGACGGCCCAGAGCAGGGAGGAGACGCUGUGGCAGCAGGACAGGGCAGGGGGCUGAUCUCCCCACCACCAGGACCAUCUGUCGGGGCUGCUGCAUGCCGGGCCCCCCUGGGGGAGGGGUGACUUGAGGACUCAGCAGCCGCCCCCGCCAGCCCGAGCCCAGCGGGCAGAGUGAAGGGAUUGAGGCGGGUGGGGGGCAGGGCCUGGGGCAGCCUGGCCCAGCCCGUUUCCAAGCACACUCCAGGGGGGCUGGGCAGACCAUCCAGGGAAGCGAUGCCCAAGCGGAGCCCCCCAACCCCAGGGAGAGCACGGAGCCAGAACAAACUGCGGCUGCUCCUCCCCCAUGACACCAGGCUGGAAGGGGUUAAGAGCCCCCGGCCCCUGCUGGCGUCUGUCCAGCUCCAGGGUGCGUGGAAUGUCUGAGGCUGGGGCCCACCGACUGGCACCUCGCUGUCCAGCUCCAGCUGCACCUGCCUGGCCGGGGGGGCAGCCCCACACCUCGCCGGGGGCAGCCUGAGCUGCGGCAAAGCAGAGCCCAGCCCUGCCAGAGUCCGGUGGCUGCAGCAGGCGCUGGGGCAGCGGCUACAUGGGGGCUGCCAGUGGAGCCUGACCUUUGUCUGCAUCUCUGACACCCUGGGGCUGCCUGGAGCCCCGCGGUGCCAGCCGCACUCAGCUCCCCACCCUCUCCUCCAAGUGCCUUUGUGCCCUGCGCUGCAGGGCGAGUGGCACAGCUGGGCCGUGUGCGCAGAGCCGGCUAAAUCCUCCUCGGGCCUAAUCUGCUUUCCCCAGCUGGGGGGUGGCAGCAUCCCACCACGCAGCCUGGGCGCUGCCUGCGAUUCCCCCCCAAGGCCAGGGGCUCAGCCAGCCCUACCCUGUAUAAGGGGGAGGGGAUUCAGCAGGUGUGUAGGAUCUCCCCAUACCCUGGCCUGGGCUGUGGGGCAGGGCCCUGGGGGCUUCAUUCUCAAGGCACUUCCUGCGGCACCUGCUAGUGCGGCCGUGGGGUGCAGCUGCACUUGGGCCGAGAAGCAGCUGCUGUUGGCUUCUGCACCCAGGCAGGCCCUAGCGGGGGCUCUGGGACACAGCGGGGGGAUCCCUAGGGAAUAAAACACCCACCUGUGGCUUUUACUUUCACCUCUUAGUGUCUUUUUGCCCUACGUGUGCUGCUGCCCUGUCACUCCUGCCUGCUCGGCUGGGGCCUGGAGCCUGUUUGUGUCCAAUUUCCACUCGCCCCUGCGGGGGAACUGUGCGUUUUGGGGCACCAGUUGCCUGUGGAACUCCUGGCCACUAAUGCUCUAGGCUCGACAAGGGGGAGAUGGUUCUACAGCUGCCAGGCAGCUCCCCGAAAGCUCUCAGCAUGGCGGGGUGGGGCACUGGCCGGGUUACCCGGCGGGGGCAGCUGAUCCCAGCCAGUUCCCUCCAGUGCCCCAGAGCACAAGGCAGGGGCCCUGCUCUCAACCACGAGGCUUGAUUGGCAACUGCCUGCUGCAGGGAUCUAGUUUGGGAAACUCCUCCCCCUUGGUGGGGUGGGGACUUGGUCAGGCCUGCCAGGUGAUUCUCCACAGCACGAGCACCCCCACCCCACCCCCCAAGAGCAGCUUGUUCCCAGAGCCUAGGCCCUGCACCUGCCACCCACGGAGCAGUGAAAGGCUUGGACUUGCUGAAGUUCUCUUUGGGGUGAGGAGAGCUGCAGCUGUGCCCAAACCUGGUCACCCUCCUGCAGCCAGAGGGCCAGGGGCAGCUUGGCCUGGAUCUGUGCCCUGGCACCCCCCUCCGGCCCAUGGGCUGCACAUGAAACCCCCGCGUUUUAUCCAAGGAGCGAGGCCGGGGCCAGCUUGGCCUGUAGCCCCCCCGUGUUCUCUAGAAUGGCAUUAAUAUAUAA